AUGACCGCGCCGGGUCGGAGGUCUUCCCUCCGCGGCCACGAGCUGCGGACCUGGAGCAAGGAAAAAGAGUACGACCUCACAUCGCUGAUGGAUCAGAAGGAGGACCGAGACCCGCUCUCGUCGUGGCUCGAGUGGUUCUUCACAAAGGUCCUCAACAAGUUCUUCGGCGCCAGGUACUACAGCCCCGUGGCCGUGGACGACGACUGGGCGCCUGCGGUGCCGUCCAAGGCGGUCCAGUAUCCACGGCGAAACAUUGCGAGGGUUGUCACUGUCAUCACCACCAUCCUCGCGCCCAUCCUGCCGACGGUUUCGGCGACGGCCCUGUUCGCGAUCGACAACGAGACCACGCGUCUGGGCCUUAUCGUGCUGUUGAGUUUUCUGUUCAGCAUGGCCCUGGCGUGCGUCGGCGCCCCGCGCAAGGUCGAGUCCUUCGUCGCCACGGCCACUUUCACCGCAGUCUUGGUCGUUUUUAUUAGUAACAAUACGGGCUGCGAGUGUUGA